GAAUAAUCCUGCGUAUGGUUGACGUUUCCACGGAGCGUUACCGGCAUGUGUGAGCCAAUUGAGUGACACCGUGCACUCUGGCCGAUGUGCCUGGUGAGAAACGACAUCGGCCCCGAGACGAUUUAUAUAGUGAAGCUGGACCCCCAUGUGUUUGUUCAGCAGACACUCAACGUAUCUCUCGCACACAUCUCUACUCUUUCAAAAUGUCAGACCUCAAAGCCACUGUUGCCGAGACCAAGGCCGGCUUCCACGUCGAGGGGUACGAGAAGAUCGAAUAUGACUUCACAUUCAUGGACGGCGUCUUCAACCCCGCCAACCCCCAGCUUGCCAAUUGCUACGAGCGAUGGGGUCGCUGCCUUGCUGUCAUGGACUUGAACAUCUUCAACGUUUAUGGCAAAGACAUGCAGACCUACUUCGAUCACUACAACCUGCCAUUGACUGUUCACAAGACCAUGAUUGGCGAGAAGGCCAAGUCGAUGGAGACCUUAUUGAACAUUGUUGAUUCGAUGACCGAGUUUGGUAUUAUUCGCAAGGAGCCUGUUCUCGUUGUUGGUGGUGGUCUUGUGACCGAUGUCGCCGGAUUCGCUUGUGCUUCAUACCGCAGAAAUACCAACUACAUCCGUAUCCCCACUACUGUUAUCGGUCUCAUCGACGCCAGUGUCAGCAUUAAGGUCGCUGUCAAUUACGGCAACUACAAGAACAGACUGGGAGCUUACCACGCUCCCAUGCACACGUUCUUGGACUUCUCUUUCCUGAAGACCCUGCCCGAGGCACAAGUCCGAAACGGCUUUGCCGAGUUGAUCAAGAUCUCGACGUGCGCUCAUAAGCCUACGUUCGAUCUUCUUGACAAGUACUGCGAGAAGCUGAUCACUUCCCGCUUUGGUCGCGAGGGUGACAACCAGGAGGUCCGCGAGGCUGCUGACACCAUCAACCGUGCUGGCAUCCACGAGAUGUUGAAAUUGGAGACACCCAACCUUCACGAGAUCGGUCUUGACCGUGUCAUCGCCUACGGUCACACAUGGAGCCCUCUCCACGAGCUCUCCCCUCCUACACCCCUCCGUCAUGGACACGCCAUCUCUAUUGACAUGGCUUACUCUGCGACACUGGCCAACAUGCGUGGUCUUCUCUCCGACGAGGAGCACCGCAGGCUGUUGAACUUGUUCUCUCGUGCUGGUCUGUCCAUGGACCAUGAAAUGUUCGACGAGGACAUGCUUGACAAGGCCACCAAGGCCAUCCUCAAGACCCGUGAUGGUCUUCUCCGUGCUGCUGUUCCUAACCCCAUCGGUACAUGUGUUUUCCUGAACGAUGUAUCGGCUGAGGAGAUGAAUGCUGCUCUCCGCAAGCAUAAGGAGCUGAUGAAGGAGUACCCCCGCAAUGGUGAGGGUCUCGAGGCGUAUGUCGAUGCUUCCGAUACAGGGUACACACAGAAUGAUGUACCCAUUGAGGAUGCCCUCCAGAAGGACAAGGUGGCCGAGAAGCUCAGCAACGGUCACGCUAACGGACUUUCCAACGGCCAGAAGCAGGCGAACAAUGGUAUCCCUGUCGGUCUGCAAGACAUCGCCAACGGCUACUCCAAUGGUUACAAGAACUAGAUGGAGUAGUGUCGCGACGGAGGAAUCUUCCGGAAGGUUAAAACGAGUCCUUUGCCUGGCGGCAGUCAGAGCAUAGACCACGUUGUACUUGCAACUCAUACCUCUUUCAAUAUACCAAUCACUUCAGUUCACAAACAACAUCAACCUUCCCCAUAUGCCUGCUCCUAUUUUCAAGAAUUAGACCAGCAUCACGAUGCUAUUUCUCCGUUGAUCCGGAACCUCGAGUACUCGAAUACCUGACGGAUGUAGCGACUUCUGUGCCACAAAUUCUGCUAUCGCUUGCGGGCACAUGGUUCUUCGUGUUCGAUGUCUUGACAGAAUGAAGCGG